AUGGCCUCGCUGGACCUGCCCUACCGCUGCCCGCGCUGCGGGGAGCACAAGCGCUUCCGGAGCCUGUCGUCGCUGCGCGCGCACCUGGAGUACAGCCACACGUACGAGACCCUCUACAUUCUCUCCAAGACCAACAGCAUCUGCGACGGCGCCGCAGCGGCCUUCCCGCUGGCGCCCGAGCCCGCCGCCCUGCUGGCCGUGCCGGGCGCCCGGCGCGAGGUCUUCGAGAGCACGUCCUUUCAGGGCAAGGAGCAGGCGGUCGGGCCGUCGCCCGCGGCGCCACACCUGCUGCACCACCAUCACCACCACGCGCCCCUCGCCCACUUUCCCGGCGACCUGGUGCCGGCCGGCCUGCCUUGCGAGGAGCUGGCGGAGCCGGGCCUCGUGCCCGCCGCGCGCUACGCGCUCCGCGAGAUCGAGAUCCCGCUGGGGGAGCUGUUCGCCCGCAAGUCCGUGGCCUCCUCGGCGUGCUCGACACCGCCGCCCGGGCCCGGCCCCGGCCCCUGCCCCGGGCCUGCGUCCGCCUCGCCCGCGUCUCCCUCGCCCGCCGACGUGGCUUACGAAGAGGGCCUGGCGCGCCUCAAGAUCCGGGCGCUGGAGAAGCUGGAGGUGGACCGACGGCUGGAGCGGCUGAGCGAGGAGGUGGAGCAGAAGAUCGCGGGCCAGGUGGGCCGGCUGCAGGCCGAGCUGGAGCGAAAGGCGGCGGAGCUGGAGACUGCGCGGCAGGAGAGCGCGCGGCUGGGGCGGGAGAAGGAGGAGCUGGAGGAGCGCGCCUCCGAGCUCUCGCGCCAGGUGGACGUGAGUGUGGAGCUGCUGGCCUCGCUCAAGCAGGACCUGGUGCACAAAGAGCAGGAGCUGAGCCGCAAGCAGCAGGAGGUGGUGCAGAUCGACCAGUUCCUGAAGGAGACGGCGGCACGGGAGGCCAGUGCCAAGCUGCGGCUGCAGCAGUUCAUCGAGGAGCUCCUCGAGCGGGCCGACCGGGCCGAGCGGCAGCUGCAGGUCAUCAGCAGCAGCUGUGGCAGCACGCCCAGUGCCAGCCUGGGCCGCGGAGGUGGGGGAGCUGGUGCGGGGCCCAGCACUCGGGCCCCAGGCAGGACGCGAGAACACCACGCAGGCCCGGCCAUGCCUAGCACGUAUGCAGUGUCCCGGCAUGGCUCCUCUCCCAGCACAGGGGCCUCCAGUCGCAUCCCAGCUGCAUCUCAGAGCUCAGGUUGCUAUGACAGUGACAGUCUGGAGCUGCCCCGGCCAGAAGAGGGGGCCCCCGAGGACAGCGGCCCCGGGGGCUUGGGCACGCGGGUCCAGGCUGCCAACGGCGGCUCGGAGCGGGCCCAGCCCCCUCGCAGCUCUGGACUGCGGCGCCAGGCCAUCCAGAACUGGCAACGCAGACCCCGUCGACACAGCACGGAAGGGGAGGAAGGUGACGUCUCCGACGUGGGCUCCCGAACCACCGAGUCAGAGGCUGAGGGCCCCUCGGAUAUCCCCCGCCCUGGGCCUGCCAUGGCUGGGCCGGUGAGCAGCUGCCGGCUCUCUGCCCGCCCAGAGGGAGGCAGUGGGCGGGGUCGGCGAGCUGAGAGGGGCAGCCCCUCCCGCUCCAAUGAGGUCAUCAGCCCGGAGAUCCUCAAGAUGCGAGCAGCCCUGUUCUGCAUCUUCACCUAUCUGGACACACGCACUCUGCUACACGCUGCCGAGGUCUGCCGGGACUGGCGCUUCGUGGCCCGCCACCCCGCCGUCUGGACCCGGGUGCUGCUCGAGAAUGCCCGCGUCUGUUCCAAGUUCCUGGCAAUGCUGGCUCAGUGGUGCACCCAAGCCCACUCGCUGACACUGCAGAACCUGAAGCCCCGGCAGCGGGGCAAGAAGGAGAGCAAAGAGGAGUAUGCCCGGAGUACCCGGGGCUGCUUGGAGGCAGGCCUGGAGUCUCUGCUGAAGGCAGCGGGGGGAAAUCUGUUGAUCCUGCGCAUCUCCCACUGCCCCAACAUCCUCACUGACCGUUCGCUGUGGCUGGCUAGCUGCUACUGCCGUGCCCUGCAGGCUGUCACCUACAGAAGCGCCACAGACCCAGUGGGCCAUGAGGUCAUCUGGGCCCUGGGCGCAGGCUGCAGAGAGAUCGUCUCCCUCCAGGUGGCGCCACUUCACCCCUGCCAGCAGCCCAUGCGAUUCAGUAACCGCUGCCUACAGAUGAUCGGUCGCUGUUGGCCCCACCUCCGGGCUCUGGGGGUCGGGGGCGCCGGCUGUGGGGUGCAGGGCCUGGCAUCGCUCGCAAGAAACUGCAUGCGGCUGCAGGUGCUGGAGUUGGACCAUGUGUCGGAGAUCACCCAGGAGGUGGCGGCUGAGGUCUGCCGGGAAGGCCUGAAGGGCCUGGAGAUGCUGGUGCUCACAGCCACCCCCGUAACCCCCAAGGCCCUGCUGCAUUUCAACAGCAUCUGCCGGAACCUCAAGUCCAUUGUGGUUCAGAUUGGGAUUGCCGAUUAUUUCAAAGAGCCCAGCAGUCCUGAGGCCCAGAAGCUGUUUGAGGACAUGGUAACAAAGCUCCAGGCCCUACGGCGGAGGCCCGGCUUCUCUAAGAUCCUGCACAUCAAGGUGGAAGGCUGCUAACCCGGGUUGGGGGCGGCAGGGUCCCUGCCAGCCCCACACCAGCCACGCUCUUUGGACCUCCAGAAGGACCCUGAUCUGGACUAGACUUUUGGAGGCGUGGUGUUAUCCCUGGUUUCUGGGAGAGGGGUUGUCAGUCUCCUGUCCUCCUGCUGGGACGGUGGAACGCAAGCCUGACCCUGAGCGCUGCCUCUCCAGGGCAGGGGCUUGGACGGCUGGCCCCCGACCCCCACCCCACCCCAUCUGGAGCAGCCCUCUAGGCACGGCCAGCGAAGAGCUGAGUCUCCGCCAGCACUUGGUGUCACCGCCCUGAGGAUCUGCAAUAACCACCAGGGGCUCCUUGGCUGCUCAGGCUGUUGGGGCAGGCCUCCCCUUUGUGAGGCCCAGCCUCCUGGUCGGGAGCCUCUGUCAGGCCCCAGACCAGAGGGGUUGCUCCAACAGACAGCUCAGACUUGGCCAAGAGGCCCUUCUCUUCCCCCUGCCCAGUCCCAGCUCUCUGUGGGGCAUCCCCUUCGGGCAGCCUGCCAGGGCUCUGGGUCCAUAUUCUCCAGGGAUAACCCUAGAGGUCUUGGGGAUGUGGUCAGCUGAAAGUGGGAAGUAGGGGGGUUCAGUGAGGUAGUGGCGUGGGCUUUGAAGGGCAAGACAUCUAUCCAGAACUUCUCCCCAAGACAUCCAGGCCACGCCUCCCAAGGGUGGAUAUUGCCAGGGCAAGAACACUUCCGAGUUUUUACCGCUGUAGAGAAGACAAGACUCCUCCCAGCCACCACAUAUCCCGUGACACCAGAACUAAAUUCUGAGCUACCAGGUACCUGUUUCUGUACCUUCCACCGACCCCGAGCCUCUGGAGGGGGCCAGGUCCCAGCUCUGGGAAAUGCUGUCAGCAGUGGGAAGCGGUGCCCGUCCUCAAGGAGUAUACUUCUAAUCUGGGUGCUUGGACAGGAAUCU